AAGCUCCGCCGCGCCCUCCAGCGGCGACAGCGCGCGCUUCUCACAGCGGAAAACUAGUGCACUGCAGUCGAACGGCGCAUUCGGUGAGAGGUCGGUAAAGCAGUCGAGCCUGCUCGUCGGCGAACCUCUCCCUCACUCGAAUCCGUGUCCACGUUGAAGUUCUGUCCUCAAAAAUCCCGCAAGUCGAAGGUACAGGAGAAUAAUCGUGGUGCUGGACACACAGCUCGGAUAUUGCCCGCGAACGCUGAGGGCUGAGAAAUGGCAACGACAACUUGCACGCGCUUUACCGACGAGUUCCAGCUGUAUGAAGAACUUGGAAAGGGGGCCUUCUCAGUCGUGCGACGUUGUGUCAAGCUGUGCACGGGCCAAGAGUAUGCUGCCAAAAUCAUAAACACCAAAAAGCUUUCGGCAAGAGAUCACCAGAAGCUGGAACGGGAAGCCCGUAUCUGCCGUCUGCUCAAGCAUCCCAAUAUCGUGCGGCUCCAUGACAGUAUAUCAGAGGAAGGCUUCCAUUACCUCUUAUUUGACCUUGUUACGGGCGGAGAGCUGUUUGAAGACAUCGUAGCCAGAGAAUAUUACAGUGAAGCUGACGCCAGUCACUGCAUCCAGCAGAUCCUGGAGGCGGUGCUUCAUUGCCAUCAAAUGGGCGUGGUGCACCGAGAUCUAAAGCCGGAGAACCUGCUCUUGGCCAGUAAAUGCAAGAACGCCGCUGUCAAGCUGGCCGACUUUGGCCUGGCCAUUGAAGUGCAAGGGGACCAGCAGGCCUGGUUUGGGUUCGCUGGAACACCGGGUUACCUUUCCCCAGAAGUGCUACGAAAGGAAGCUUAUGGGAAACCUGUGGACAUUUGGGCAUGUGGAGUCAUCCUGUAUAUUCUGCUGGUGGGAUAUCCUCCAUUUUGGGAUGAAGACCAGCACAAACUCUACCAACAGAUCAAAGCUGGAGCUUAUGACUUCCCCUCGCCAGAGUGGGACACGGUCACCCCUGAAGCCAAAAACCUCAUCAAUCAGAUGUUGACCAUCAAUCCAGCCAAGAGAAUCACGGCCCAGGAGGCUCUGAAACACCCGUGGGUCUGCCAACGCUCCACUGUGGCGUCCAUGAUGCACAGACAGGAAACAGUCGAAUGCCUGAAGAAGUUCAACGCAAGAAGGAAACUCAAGGGAGCGAUAUUGACCACCAUGCUGGUGUCGCGCAAUUUCUCUGUGGGCAGGCAGACCACGGCACCCGCCACCGUCUCAGCAGCCGCUGCUGCGGCCGGUACCACCGCCGGUCUGGUGGAACAAGCAGCCAAGAGCCUGCUCAACAAGAAGGCCGAUGUCAAGAAACGGAAAUCCAGCUCCACCGUUCAGUACAUGCCACAGUCAAACAGUGCCAAAAACAGCAUAGUCACCAGUCCCAAAGGAAACGUCCCUUCUCCUGCUCUGGAGCCUCAGACCACUGUUAUCCAUAACCCAGUGGAUGGGAUCAAGGAAUCUUCAGACAGCAGCAACACCACCAUUGAGGAUGAAGACGUCAAAGGGAAAAGCCUAGAUAGCAGUUCAGUAAAAGCCCUCUCUGAAGUCAGCCAAUCACAUCCGGGCUCCGCCCCUGCCAUCUUCUCCACCAAGCUGACUGACAUCCUGGGCUGCGCCCGUAGGGGCUCGGGACCCUCAGCCGUGCCUAAUAGUGAAGCAGCUGCCCACUCCACACAAUCCCCUCCACAGACCCCCAUCAUGCAGACCCGGUUCACAGAUCUGGUGAGCUGCGUGGGUCGUGCACCUGUCCCACAACCUCAGACGGAGCUGCCUUCCUCACGAACCUCAGGCCCCCUUCCCCAAACCUCCCCCCCGACCCCGUCCCCCUCUGUGUCUGCACAGAGUGAGUAUUGAGGUCAUUUGCAAUUAAAAACUUGAACACUCUGUUGAGCUGCUUCAUAGUAGAAAUUGUAAUUCUGCAAUGAUAUUUUUUUUUUCAUGUUUAAUACUGUAAAGUUGCUUGCUUCAUGCAACAGUAUCUGUUGUAUGAAGUAGUUGUCGACGGAUAAGGAUUUUUUGAUUGCUGAUGCAUAUACCGAUAUCUUAGAGAGCAGGGUGGCCGAUAUAAAACCAAAAUAAAUUAUAUCACUGUUUAAUUCAAAGAUUGUAAAAGCACAUGCAUAAUUGCGGAAAUUAAAUUAAAAUUUAUUUUACAUUAUUUGGAACUCUGAAUAGGAACUGACAGGCGCUGACAUUCUUAGUGCUGUCAAAAUAAAAGUCCUAUGAACUGUAAAAAUAACAUUUAAAUAUGCUAUAAAUUUGAUUAUUUUAAAUAAUUUAAAAAUGAUUAAAUAAGAAAACGGAUAAAAAAAUACAUCUGUAAAAUAAACUAUUUAGUAUAAUUUUAACUGUGGCCUAGAAAAAGUUUUAAUAGACAUGGAGGGGGCCGACUCAUGGGACCUGACAUAUUAAUAUCAUACAGUAUGACUACCUGAAUACUAUUCACUUUAUCUUAAUAAAUUUUAAUAAUUCACUUUAUCUUAAAAACUAACUUAAUCCCUGUUGCUGGAAACUGACAGCUACUACCAAUAGAAAAAGAAAAGCUACAAUUCUUAGUAUAAAUUUACUUUCUUUGUUUAACAGUUCUUCUGUCUAAUAAUUAAUUAUUACAGCUGUUAAAUAGAGACAGUAUAUUAAAGAUGGAGAACGGGAGUUCCGUGCGCUCAGACAAAGACCCAAGACAAGUCACUCGUAUAGUUUCUAUCGAACGAAGCCCCGCCUUCUGAGCAAAAGAGCCAAUCCCUAAUUGGCAAAGUCAGCGCAUCACUGCAGCUGCUGUUAGAAGUCCAGGUUGCUGUAGAAACAGUCAGUGUCCUGAGACAUGCACUCAGGACUGCGCAUGCGCACUGGCAUAAAAAUAAGAUUUUUUAACUCUAUUUGAGCAAAAUAAACAACAUUUAUGAGACAGUUGUGAGAUUUCAUUGGUGAUUUCAAAUAUGUCGUAAGCUUGGCGCGCAGUUUUGGAGAAUUUGUUGUUUCCCCAUUCAGAGAGAUCUGUGCUGCACAUGCGUACCCGAGAGGCAUUUCUAAGAUUGCCGCCGAGUGACAUGACUUGCCUUAAAGUGACUUUGGCUCUGAUGCUGACAUUCUCAGUGCUGUCAAAAUAAAAGUCCUGUACACUGUCAAAAUAAAAGUCCACUCUGGACACAUCUCCAAACAGAAAAACAGUUCGGCCCAUGCCGAUAAUUAAAAAUUUCAAAUGUCCACCGAUAUAUCAGCUGACCACUAGUAUAAAGGGCUAUAUAAAUAAACGUUUCUGGUAAAAACAUAUCCACAUCGCUGUGAUCAAAUGCUGUUUUCUCUCCACUCUCAUUUUUGUUGUUUAUUUUGUUAUUGAGAGGAGAGUGCGCAGCAUAUUCAUAUUAAUCUAAACGUCAUUCCCAGCAGUGUGUGUGGUGUCGGACAGUAUACCGCUGCUCGGUUAUAUCAAACAUCUUUUUACCACUAAGCGAGGAAUGAAAAAGAACUACUUCAUGAGUAUAUCAGGCCCUUAACAGUCUGCAGCUGAAUUCCCAUCAACCCUGUAACCAACAUAUGACAUUCGGAAGUAGCAGGAGGCAGUUUCCCCUGAUAAAAACACAGCAUUUAAGCAUCUGAAGUGACAUUUACUGAGUCUGGUUUGUGACAGAACUGUGAUGCACUUCCAUAUAUAUCCGCUUGAAGGAAGUGGGGCAUUUAUCAAAGCUGUAGCCAUAGUCAGAGACUUUAGAUCAGGCCUGCGGUGUCAGAUUGACAAGGAGAAACUGAAGGACGUGUCAGAGCCACUAAGCUCCUCUAAAGUGGAGCAGGAAGCCAUGAAGGGAGGGAGUGAGUAAAUGAGGGUGAGAAAACGAGAAGUAAGCCGUAUCUAAGGAUCCAGGAAUAGCUCAACUAGCUCCAUGCGGUUAACAAGGAAAAGACAGAAGAAGACGAGGAGGAGGAAAGUGGUGGAAAUGUUGAUUAGAUGAAGACGGAGUGUUUUUGUGGGUCUUUGCAAACUUCAUCAGGAGAGACA